CAGUCGCAGUUACACAAUAAUACGCACAGUGUGAGUGUGAUACGAAAUCAGAAGGGAGAGAAAGAGUGGUGAUUUCAAGCGAGAGAGAAGACCGAGCGAGCGAGUCAAAGCUCUCAAACUCACUCAUGUUUCAAGCGAACAACAACCAGUUUUUUUUUUUAAAGUAUGUUGAGCUGUUUUCAUCUUUGAGCGAGGACAUCGACGGGGAGAUGUUCAAUAUGAGAUGCAGCACAAAUGUAUAGAAAUUGAACUACAAAAAAGUGAAGAGAAGCAAAGCCAGAGGAGAAGAAGAAUGAGAAGGGGAAGAAAAGGGUAAAGCCAGAAACUAUAAGAAAAGAGGGGAACAAAAGCUUCAAUUUAGCCGUCAAAGAAAAUUCAAAAUCAGUCUCAUGAUCUUUAUCAACAUGAAAAUUGGCCUAAUAUAAAUCCUGAUGGAUUAUGGUCCAAAUUCCAUAGACAAAGUACAAUCCGAAAAAAUUGCCCCAUAACAAUUAGAAGAUGAGCACUAUUUGCACCUCUCAUUUUACUAAGUAUACCCCAUUAACGUCCCAAAAAACCUAAUCUUUCAACACCCCAUUGCCCCAAAUUCCUCAUAUCCUCCUCUCCUUCUUCCCUAACAUGAAGACAUAGACUCACUCCCAAACUUCGACGGAGUCAUGCACACCUUCAAUAGAGAAGAGAUGGAUUACGGAGAACAGGACAACGAUGGCAGCCCUGACACCUACGACGACCAGACCUUCGAUGGAGAAGAGAUGGAUGAUGAGGAACAGGGCAAAGUUGGUGAGUUACAUACCCCAGUGAUGAUUGAAGUGGACACAACAGAAUAUUUUCGAACUGAUAUGGUAUUUCAGAAUAAGGAAGCUGUUGUUGAGUAUGCAAGGAAAUGUGGCCGUAGGCAUGGAGUUGUUGUUGUUGUUAAAAGGUCAGACUUCAACAAUCUGAAGAGAACCCCUAGGAUUUUAUUUGGAUGUCAAAGAAGUGGUGGAUACAGGGCAAAAUGUAUUCCAAAGAAGAGGAGAUCAUCAACAAAAAAAUGUGAAUGCCCAUUCUCCCUGAAAGCUCAUGUGUCAAAUUCACUAACUGGGACAUGGAUAUUGAUUGUUUUGAAUGGAAAGCACAAUCAUGCCUUGGUUAAAGCAUUUGAAGGUCAUUCAUUUGUUGGUCGACUAAGUAGAGAGGAGAAGGAGACUGUUGAAAGGCUAAGCAAGACAGGGUUGAAGACAAGAGAUAUUCUAAAUCACAUAAAGCUGAAAGAUCCAACAAAUGCAUCAACUAUGAAGACAUUAUACAAUGACAGUACUACUUUGAGAAUCCAUGAGACAGUCGGCAAGUCACAUAUGCAGCAGUUGUUCAAACUACUAACUGAGAAUGGUUAUGUUACAAGACAUCGUUAUGAGACAACAACUAAGGUGGUUAAAGACUUGUUUUGGUCUAACUCUACUUCGAUCCAGCUUGCUAGAGCUUUUCCAUUUGUGUUCAUGUUGGACUGCACUUACAAGACGAAUAAAUAUCGUCUUCCUUUACUGCAUAUUGUUGGAGUAACAUCUACAAAGAAGACAUUUUCUGUUGCAUUUUGUUACAUGAGUGCAGCACAAGAAGACAAUUAUGUUUGGGCUUUAGGUUGCUUCAGAGACUUGUUUGAUGGUGUAGUAGCUGGUGUCUUCAUAUGUGAUCGAGAAAUUGCCUUGAUGAAUGCUUUGAAGGCUGUUUUUCCUAGUGCAAAAAAUAUGCUAUGUCGAGUACACAUAUCUAAGAAUAUCUUAAGCAAUUGUGUUGGCUUAUUUCGCCUUAAAGCUGAGUUUGAUGAUUUUAUGAGAUGCUGGGCUACUGUGAUGCAUUCUUCAUCUAUUAAUGAGUAUGAAGAAGCAGUGAAGAAGAUGCAGUGCAAGUUUAAAGAUCAUCCAAAAGCUUUGAGUUAUGUGAAUGACUCAUGGUUGAGUAAAUACAAGACAUACUUUGUGUCGGCUUGGGUUGAUCAGUUUUUUCAUCUUGGGAACACCACUACUAAUAGAGUUGAGAGCAACCAUUCUAAACUUAAAAAGUAUCUAUCCAACUCAGAUGGUGGCUUUGUCCAGUCUUUCAACAAAAUUAACCUGUUGCUUCAAGGUCAAGUGAUUGAUAUAAAAGCUUCUUUUGAAUAUAGUCUCACUAGAGUGCCAAUUCGAUUUAGGAUUUCUUUGUACAAGGACUUGGUGAAUAUGGUAUCUACAGCUGCAUUGGAGAAGAUUGAAAGCGAAUUAGCUUCUAUUGGCAGUGAUGGUGUAAGUGCAGAAAAUUGUAAUCACACCACUGUCAAAUCUUUUGGUUUGCCAUGUGCUCAUAUGCUCACAAAAUACAGAAAUGAAGGGAGUAGCAUCCCACUCAGUGAUGUUCACAAUUUUUGGAAAAAAUUGUGCAUUCAACCUUUCAAUGAAGACCCAAAAGAGGAGGUGACAAUUGAUGCUGAGAUUGACAUUGUGAGAAGGACAUUUGCAACUGCAACUAUACCUCAGAAGCUAGAAAUUAAAAGACAACUUCAGUCUUUAGGAAAGGCAAGCAACACAUCUAUCUUAGAGCCAAAACCAAAGGUCAGUGUGAGGGGGAGAAAGAAGGGGCAGAAAGAGACUAAAACCAGUCAAGUAGUGGACAAAUCAACGCUACGUGAUCCUUCAGCCUUUGAGCAUGCACUUGAGUCUCAUGUGUUUGAUGAUGUUAUGCAAAGUCAGAAUUCUCAAUUUUCAACUCAGAGUUUGAAACAAAAGCUUCCAACUGAUGCAAAUCCAUUAUCAGUUCAGAAAUCAUCUCCAUUGAUGGAAAUGGACAAGAAUGACCAAAGCAUAGUUUUGAGAGAUGAAACGCAAAAUGGAGGAUUUUCACAGGCACAAUCCAUCAUCUACAGUUCUAAGAAACGUCAAGAUGAUCUACAUAUGUUGGGUUUGAAAAUCAAACAGCAUGAGGAUAAUAUAAAAUUUCUGAAGACUCAGAGAAACAAAUUAGAUGAGUCUAUUCUUGACUUGCAAGUUAUUCUUGGAAAAUAUCAUGCUUCAAGCACAUUUACGAUCGCAAAUGAGGACCAUUCUGCCCAUCAGAGUGAGGACGAAACCAAUCAACAGAUUAUACUGCAUGAAAAAUCUGCUGCGUCCAUAUUGUGCCAGCUGAAUACACGUCAUGGCACUCUGGCCUAUCAUCUCUUAAUGACCAGGGACGUGCUGGGGGUUGUUGCCACACUUGGCAAAGUUGAUGAUGACAAUCUUAACAGGCUUUUCUCAGAGUACUUAGGACUGGAUACUAUGCUUGCAAUUGUUUGUAAGACUUUGGAAGGCGUUAAAGCUCUUGAAGUAUAUGAGAAGGACGGACACAUUAAUAAAGGCUCUGGUCUUCAUGGGCUUGGCGCUUCUAUUGGGAGAGCUUUGGAAGGACGAUUUCGUGUCAUAUCUCUUGAAAAUUUGAGACCCUACUGUGGUGAGUUUGUAGCUGAUGACCCACAAAGGAGGCUCGAUCUGCUAAAGCCGAAAUUACCCAAUGGAGAGUGUCCACCUGGGUUUCUUGGCUUUGCUGUAAAUAUGAUCAAAGUGGAGGGCGCAAACUUGUUUUGUGUCACAACCAGUGGAUAUGGUCUUAGAGAGACUCUAUUUUAUAAUCUUUUCUCUUGUUUGCAAGUCUAUAGAACAAGGGAAGACAUGUUACAUGCACUCCCUUUUAUAAAUGAUGGAGCCAUUUCUUUGGACGGAGGGAUGGUAAGGAAUACUGGCAGCUUUUCUCUGGGCAAUCGGGUGGAUGUGGAUGUGAGGUUCCCUAAAGCCUCCAAGACAUCAAAUGUGUCUGAAUCCUAUGCUCAAACUGAGAAGAAGAUGAGUGAGAUAAAAUGGGAAAAGGAAAAAUUGACGGAAGAUAUUAAGAGAGAGCAGGCGUUGUUAGCCAAUGCACAGUCGAGUUUUGAAAAACAGAAGCAAGAGUUUGUCAUGUUCUUAGCUCAAAGCUCAUCACAUGCAACUCAGAAUCAGUUUCCAGUUGUACGGGAUAGAACAACCCCAAGAUGACGCAGACACUGAAGUAGCUGCAUUUUUAAGAUCAAACUAGAAGUCAAAAAUGCAGUCGAGAAUUGGGAAAUACCUGCACUUCCAGCUGUAUGCUGAUAUCAUUAUUCUCCUUCUCUGGCUGUGCAUGAGAUGCUUUGUUGCUGUAAAAGCCUUAAAAGUUUCAUGGCUUGAGUAGAGUGAGAGCACUCGCGCUCUUUGAUGCAAAUUGGUGCUGAAGCCUCUUAGGCUCUCCCUUCAGCACAUGAACAUGCAUUUGGAAAAACUCCAGUAGAUGGUUGGUUUUUAGACACUUUGUGACU